CCAGAAUGCUGAAGCCAGGAUGGAUCCUACAGGUCAUCUGAGACGGUCCGCGUGUUCUCCCUGUUCGCCGUCUGCGACGGCCCCCUCAUCCCAGAGCCUCGUCCCUCGGGGCCCCAUCUGGCUCUCCGUCUUCCGGCAGCAGCCCCCAGUUGCGGAGUAGCAGUGGAAAGGCGACCCUGUAAAUAUGUCUGGAUGGAGGUCUCAAUGGCGUCUCGUCCUGCUGAACUCCCUGACCUGCGGCCUGGAGAUUUGCGUGGCAGCUGGGAUCACGUACGUUCCCCCCCUGUUGCUGGAGGCUGGGGUAGAGGAACAGUACAUGACUAUGGUACUAGGUAUCGGCCCAGUGUUAGGUCUCAUCUUCAUCCCUCUGAUUGGCUCAGCCAGUGACCAUUGCAACAGCAGCUACGGCCGCCGCCGGCCCUUCAUCUGGCUGCUGUCCCUGGGAGUCCUCUUAGCCCUCCUCAUCAUCCCCCAUGCCGACCUGCUGGCUGCCUACUUCUCCUGGGGCGGAUGCGCCCUGCAGGUGGCCUUCCUCAUCCUCGGUGUGGGCCUGCUCGACUUCUGUGGCCAGGUGUGCUUCACGCCGCUGGAGGCACUCCUGUCUGACCUGUACCGCAAUGAGGAGGACUGCAACCAGGCCUUUGCCAUGUUCUCCUUUAUGGUCAGCCUGGGAGGCUGUGUGGGCUACCUGCUGCCUGCGCUGGACUGGAGCCGGGGCCUGCUGUCAGUCUACCUGGGUGGCCAGGCAGAGUGCCUCUUCUUCAUGCUCAUCCUCAUCUUCGUGACCAGCGUGCUGAUCACCAUGAGGGUGUCGGAGGAGCCGCCGUGCACCGCGGCCCUGGAGCCUUGUCCUCUCUUGGAGGCAGGUCGCUGUGGUGUGCCGCGCUCCUGCUGCUACCUCCUCAAGUCGGUUCCGCUACUGUGCCUGCUGAGGACGUGCUGGUCCAUGACUCCGGCCAUCUACCGCAGCUACUGCCACGUGCCCCGGGUGAUGAGGCAGCUGUGCAUGGCCCAGCUCUGCAGCUGGAUGGCCGUCAUGUCCUUCAUGCUCUUUUACACAGACUUUAUGGGGGAGGGGCUGUACGAAGGCAUGCCCAGCGCCGCCCCUGGGACCGCCUCCAGGCAGCGCUACGAGGAUGGCAUCCGUAUGGGCAGCCUGGGCCUGUUCUUUCAGUGUGCUACCUCAACCGUCUUCUCCCUGCUCAUGAGCCGACUGGUUCGCCAUUUUGGCUCGCGCCGGGUCUACCUGAGCAGCAUGGUGAGCUUCACCAUCUCUGCCCUGGUCAUAUGUAUGUCCAAGAGCGUGGUCCUGGUCAGCCUGAUGUCAGCUCUGACAGGCUUUGCCUAUGCCACGCUGCAGACGCUGCCCUACACCCUCACAUGUCACUACCACAAGGAAAUGGAGGUUUACAUGCCAAAUAAGAAAACCAAAAAGAACGGGAUUGCGGUCAAGCGGGACUCGAUCACUCAUUUGACAGCCAUGGACGAGGAGGGGGGGCUGACCCACAAACUGGGGGACACCAACGGGCAUGCCAUCUUCAGCCAGGAAGACUCAGACUACUACCCCCCUCCCCACGGCCAGAAUGGAUCGUCUCUCAGCGCCACGGCCCCCGAGCAGGAUGAACCGGAGGGCUACGAGAAGCGCGGUGUAGGGUUGGACUUUGCCAUCCUGGACAGCACCUUCCUCCUCUCUCAGGUCUUUCCCACUCUUUUCAUGGGCAUGAUUGUUCAGUUCACAAAGUCCGUCACUGCCUAUAUGGCCUCCUCCGCCAUCUUCGGCAUCAUCGCCAUUUAUCUGGCCAACCAGAUCAUCUUUGACCAAAAGGACCUCAAUAGCUGAAAAAUUCAGUAACCAGGAGUGAAGGAAUGCACGACUGCUUCCAGCAUGCAACACUCCAGUGUCAUCGCUGGCCGUUGCUAUGGCUUUACCAACACAUUGCAAUGAGGCAGCCUGUCUGUACGUUUGUAUGUAUGUGUGCUGCAGAAUUAAAAGAAAAUGUAAACCUGUGACAAUUGUUACCUCCAGAGAUACUCCAGAGUUACUAUGGCUACAAGAGAGAGACUGGCUGGCAUUAGCUGGUCUGUUGACACUGUCUGUAUACUUAAGAGUGUUUCUCACCUUGUUCCCCUCAGUCACAUAGAAGACCGCUCAGAUAGGUCCCUUCACCUUCUCCUCAGGUACAACUAGCUUACACAGCUUGAUCAGACUCCAUCAGACCUUAGACAACUGAAAUUAUGUAU